CCCAGUUCAUUCGAAUCCAUACCCUCAUGGAAUCCAACAACGCCAGAUUAAAAAACAAGAACAAAAAGAAUAACGAGUACAAGAAUCGCAAAAUGAACAGAAAGAGUGGGCUCUUUCUGUGCUUUAGACCGGCCACCAUGGACGGUCCGGUUAAAAGGUUGCCGUGUCCGGACGGACCGAGCAAACCGGCUUUCACUUACUCCGCUCAUGUGGGAGGGAAGGAGGGCAUGGUGUUCCCGAAGAUAUUGCCGUCGGAUUUGGCACCGGUUAUAAAUAAAGAAGAAGGCGACGGUGGCCGGAGAGAGAAAAGCGCUAUCUGCAAGCUAUUGAGGGUUUUGAAAGCGGUUUUGCCAAGGACGUCCUUGCGGCGGGCGAAGAGGAAGAGGAGCAGUGAAAGAAAUCUUGGACAAAGCAGCUCUUUACGGUUAGAGACAUCGAACUCGAUGAAGGAAUACCUGGCGUCGAAUAAACAAAAUAAUUUGUCCGAUGAUGAAAAACUCAGAGUUAAUUCCCGUUGUCAUUCUGCACCCUUCACUUCAACGGGCCCUUCGCGUUCUUUGCCCAGAAGAGGCGACUCGUUUAGAUCAAAUUCAGCAGGGCCUGAACAGAGACAGCAGGAUACUGCCGAAAAGCACGGAAAUGGAGGUUAUGGUUCUAAUGGCGGGCAGUAUUACUGUUUGCUUGUUAUUUGUCUUUUGGUUUUGGUUUUUUGGGGCAAGAUUGUUGCUAUUUUUUGUACUUCAACGUGGUUUUACUUGGUUCCUCGGAGCACCAGAUACGUAUCUCCACAAGAUGGGAAGGAGUUUUCAGGGAUUGCCUUUGAGAAGUAUAAGCAGAAGGUCAUCAUGGAAGGACGUGUAAAUCAUUUUUGAGUUGGUGAUAUGGCAAGCGUAAUAAAGCAUAAUCGAUUUUAUUUA